AUGGGAUACAAAGGAAUUUCCUUUGCAGGCUUUAUCUUCGGGUUGGCUCUGAACGUUUGUACAUUUCAUUUCACCAACGGGGACGUCUCGUAUUCCUUUCCAGAGGAGAUGAGUCAAGGAACCGUUAUCGGGAAUAUCGCCAAUGAUCUCGGAAUGGACGUGAGCAGAUUGUCUGCAAGAAAGGCUCGUAUAGACACAGAAGGGGACACCAGACAGUACUGUGACAUAAAUCCGAGUAAGGGGGAUUUGAUCGUUGCCGAGAGGAUCGACAGAGAAGCGCUUUGUGGCAAGAAGGCCUCCUGCCUUUUAAAACUGGACCUGGUACUGGAGAAUCCAUUGGAGCUGCAUCGCGUCAGUCUCCACAUACAAGAUAUCAAUGAUAACUCCCCGCUCUUUAAAAAGUACGUAAUCAAAAUGGAGAUCCAGGAAUCGACAGACAAAGGAGCUCGCUUUUCUUUAGAUGAAGCUCACGAUGCGGAUAUUGGAGAGAAUGCUGUGAAGGGAUAUAAUUUACCAAAAAAUGAUCAUUUCCUUUUAAAUGUUGAUACCAAAUCAGGUGGACGCAAAUCUUGCGAAUUGGUGCUGGAAAAAGAAUUAGAUCGUGAAAAUCAACAGGAAAUUAAUUUAAUUUUAACAGCUCUUGAUGGUGGUUCUCCUCAGAGAUCAGGUACUGUAGUGAUACACGUCAUUGUACUGGAUGCUAAUGAUAACCCCCCAGUGUUUAGCCAGGCUGUUUAUAAAGUAAGUUUACCUGAAAACUCUCCUUUAAAUACCGUUGUGGUUACCGUGAGUGCUACUGAUGCUGAUGAAGGUGUAAAUGGAGAAGUGAUGUAUGAACUCGAUCAUGUCUCAGAAAACAGCAAUGCUUUCUCACUUGAUCCAAAAACUGGUGAGGUUAAAGUCAAUGGACCAAUAGAUUAUGAGGAAGAGUCUUCAUAUGAAAUAAGAAUAAGUGCGAAAGAUGGCCUCGGGCUGGCAUCAUACUCCACUUUAAUGAUAGAUAUCGCUGAUGUAAAUGACAACGCGCCAGUGAUAUAUAUAAAAUCCAUGACCAAUCCCAUACAAGAGAACAUUAAACCUGGUACAGAGAUUGGCAUUAUUAACGUACAGGACAGAGACUCCAGGAAUAAUCGGCAGGUUCACUGCUCGAUUCAAGAAAAUUAUCAUUUCAAGAUUGUUCCAUCCAUCAAAAACUAUUAUUCAUUGGUGACAGCGAGCCCGUUAGAUCGUGAACUAGUGUCUGAUUACAACAUUACAAUCACUGCUACUGAUGAGGGCUCUCCUCCUCUUUCCUCCUCUAAAAGUGUUCAGUUAUCUGUAGCUGAUGUCAACGACAACCCACCUGUGUUUGAGGAGCAGUCCUACAACGCCUACGUGACUGAAAACAACAAACCUGGAUCUACUUUAUGUUCCGUUAGUGCCCUAGACCCAGACUGGAGACAAAACGGUACAGUGAUUUAUUCUCUUUUACCUGGGGAGGUGAACGGUGCCCCGGUGUCCUCCUAUCUCUCCGUUAACGGAGACACGGGGCUGAUCCACGCUGUCAGGUCGUUGGAUUAUGAACAGUUCAGGAGCUUUAAAGUUCACGUGAUGGCGAGAGACAACGGUUCUCCUCCACUCAGCAGCAACGUGACCGUCAGUGUCUUCAUAACGGAUGUGAAUGACAACUGUCCUCAGAUACUUUACCCCGCCCCGGAGGGACACUCCUUCAUGACUGAACUCGUCCCGAAAGCAGCUCACGGGGGCUCUCUAGUGUCCAAGGUGAUAGCGGUGGAUGCAGACUCCGGACAGAACGCCUGGCUGUCCUAUCAUAUAGUCAAAUCCACUGAUCCGGGACUUUUCACUAUUGGUCUCCACAGUGGAGAGAUCAGGACACAGCGGGACAUUUCUGAAUCUGACAACAUGAAACAGAAUCUUAUUGUGACAGUGAAAGAUAACGGACAGCCCUCUCUGUCUGCCACCUGCUCCAUGUAUUUACUGAUUUCUGAUAACUUGGCUGAAGUGCCAGAACUGAAAGACAUGUCUUAUGAUGAGACUAACUCCAAGCUGACCUCUUAUCUGAUCAUCGCGCUGGUGUCAGUCUCCACCUUUUUCCUGACCUUCAUUAUUGUCAUCCUGGGUGUGAGGUUUUGUCGCAGGAGAAAACCCAGACUGUUGUUUGAUGGAGCGGUGGCCAUCCCCAGUGCUUAUCUGCCUCCUAAUUACGCAGAAGUUGACGGAACGGGGACUUUACGCCGCACUUACAAUUAUGACGCGUAUCUGACAACGGGCUCUAGAACCAGUGACUUCAAGUUUGUGAGAUCUUACAAUGACAACACAUUGCCUGCAGACCAGACUCUGAGAAAGUGUCCCUCUGAUUUUGCAGAAGCGUUUGGAGAUUCUGAUUCGUCCUCGGAGGUAGGACACUAUCUCUACUACACACAUGCAAACACAAAGCCUCAGCAAAUGUGA